AUGGGUUUCAAGAUUACUAAUCCAUACCUAACUGCUUCUAUCCUCACCAUGGGUGGAGUAGACAUGGGUUUUGUUUUGAUUUUCACUGCUUUUACUUUCUUUGGAGAAACAGGCAUUGGAGCUCAAUAUGUAAAUGAUAAACCUACUCCAGAAGCAAAUUCAUUCACAGCUAUUGGAUAUGUUGGUGCACUUAUUGGUUCACUCUUGAUCCAUCCAUUUGUUGGAGUAUUCGGAAAAAGAUGGUGCUGUUUUGUUUGUGCUUUCUUCGGAACAUUAGCAUGGAUUGUUUUAGGACUUGAAUUAAAGACAUAUGCAUGGGUUUAUGCAUUUAGAUUCUUCACUGGUAUGACAGCAGGACUUUAUGCAACAAUUUGUCCAGGUUUUACAACAUCUUUAGCUCCAGAAGGAAGGAUUAAUUUAUUUGGUUUCCUCAACCAAGUAGGUAUCUGUAUAGGUUUCAUUCUUGUUACAGUUUUUGGUAUCUACUUCAAAGAUUGGCACUAUGUUUCCUUAGCCUGCUGCUUCCCUUCAGCAAUCCUCUUCCUAUUUGUUUUACUUAUCGAAGAACCUAAAGCAUCAAGAAGUGCAGCACCAUGUUUUCAAGUUUUUAAAUACUGGAAGGAAUUGAUUAUUGCCUUCUUCUGCGUUUUCUUCUUGCAGUUUUCAGGCGUGAAUGCUGUCGCCUCAAACUUGGGUGGCAUCACAGCUGGAAUGGGACCAAAGGGUGCUAUUAUCUCCAUCAUGUCAAAUGUUGUUAACUUCCUUGGUACAUUAGUAUCUUCCCUUGUUGUUGAUAGAUUUGGAAACUUCCCAUGCUGGACUGUUUCUGCAUUAGGACAAUUCUUUGGUUUCAUCCUUCUUGUCAUUUACGCUUACAAAUUUGCUGAAAGUGGAAAAGGACUUGCUCUUUUCUUAGUUGGUUUAUACUUUGAACAGUUCUUCUUUGGUAUUGGAACUGGUCCAAUUCCAUUCUCAUAUGCAGCUACAAUUUUCAAACCAGAACUUAUUCCAGCUGGUAUGGCUUUCACAUCUGCCUGCAACUGGGGAUCUGGAGCUAUUCUCCUCUUCUUGAAUGCUGCCUUGUUAAAGGCCGGCGCAUACUAUAGAGUUUCAUAUAUCUUCUUCGCUGUUUUCUUAUUCAUUUCAAUGAUAUUCGGCUUAAUUGUCUUCAGGAAGAAACCUGAUGACAGCUCAAAGUCUAAGUCAGAUUCAGGUUCUGGCGCUGAAGUAUAA